AUGGCAGCGACAGCAUCACACGUACCGGCAAGCAUCGCGUCUUCUGGAGCGGCUGCAAGGUCUGUUGUCACCGGCGCUACCAUGACGGAAACCAGCACGUUUCGGCCCCCGCCGAUCCACGCAUUCCCACCCUUCUACACGAUACAGCACAACCCGGUAUCGCGUGCUCAGCAGCUGUCGCAAUGGCGAGCUCUCAUCCUCGACUACUGUCGGCAUCACCGCAUCUUCACGCUCUCUCCUCUUCCCGGCUCAUCCGACUCUUCGGUGACCAAGGGCGAUGCAUCGGAUCCGCACGCCGCUCUCUUCUCCAAUCGAUCAAUACAGCGUUCGCUCUCACCUGAAUCGAUACGACAGGUGCUUGCAGACCUUGUCGACCACAAGCAAGCAGCUUGGGAAGAGCAGCUCACGUCAGCAGCCAAAUCGAAAACCAACAGCAACAGCAAUCUAAAUGCCAAGGCGUACAUCUACUGGAAGACGCCGAUUCAGUGGGCGGACUCGAUCUACGAAUGGGUGAUGCAGACGGGUCAGAACAAGAGCAUCAUGACGCUUUUCGAGCUCAAUGAGGGCGAACUCGUGCAAAGUCGGGACUUCUACCAGCUUCCCACACCCAUGCUGCGACAGGCUUUGAAGCAUCUCAGCACUCAAGGCAAGGCGCAGAUCUUUGCAGGGACAGAAGCAGACGAUGGUGAAGGUGUCAAGUUUGUGUAG